CUAAAAUAUAUGAAGUCAUCAGGGAGUUUACGGAGAAACGACGUCGUUUGUUGGUCGAGAGGUUUCCUGCUCCCCCAACUGGCCACUGCUACUACAAAAUAUGAGAAGGCGAGAAGGCAAAAAACCCAGCAAGAGAAGAGAAAAGAAAGAAUUCAAUGAAGAGAGUGGCAAUGGAUCCUUAUAUGUGGCAUAAAAUUGCUGGAAUUUCUGGUGUGGCUGCUCUUGGAUUGGGCACUUACGGCGCGCACGCAUUCAAGCCAAAGAAUCCCGCUUACACAGAGGUCUGGCGAACUGCAUCACUAUAUCACUUGGUUCACACAGCAGCUCUUCUUGCUUCUCCUAUUACCAAACGACCUCACAUUUUUGGAGGGCUUUUAACUGCUGGAAUAGUUGCAUUUUCUGGAACGUGUUAUGCAGUUGCAUAUCUCGAAGACAGAAAGUAUUCUAAGAUAGCACCAUUUGGUGGUUUUGCACUUAUUGCUGCUUGGGGAAGUUUGUUGGUUUAAAGGUUGGACUUUUUGAUGCAGUAUUGCAGUUGCUACUUAUGGUCGAUCGAUACUAGAAACUCUGAUCUGGCCAAAUGAAUAUCGUUACAUCACAUACUUGUGGAAUUUCUUUUGCAGUCAUUGCUACACUAAAACUAUCUUGUUCUCCUCCUUAAGCUAUGUAAACCAAAUCGGCAUUGUUGCAACCCUCAUGAUUCUUGAAUAUAAAUUGAUCAUAUGUUCCAGACUGAUUUU